AUGAGCGACAUAUCCACCGCCCCAACCCUCAUCCCCCCCGACACAACAACAACAACAGCGCACCUCGCAACGAAAGAACUCCAAACGCUCCACUCCCUCCAAGCGCUGCACUCAAUCCAAUCAACCCUCAACCAUGACGGCCCCCCUCCCUCCAGGUUCGAAGAAGACCCCGAUGAUCUCAGCUACACAGCCACAAACAUCGACAUCCUCCUCCGCCAAGCCCAAAGCAUGAUAACAACACUAAUGGCCGAGAAGCGCGGCAGCCGCCGACGGAUCCGAAGCCUCGAAGAAGAACUCCAAGUCCAGCGACAGAAGCUAGAGGCACGGGAUACGGAAUCCAGAACGCACGACGAGGAGAUACGUCAGAAGAUAAAGGAGUCCGAGACCAGGGUAGUAAACGGAGAAGAGCGGGUUAAGAAACUAGAAACGGAGAUGAAGGGACAAGAGCAGAAGAUCAAAAAAGCAGAGACGACGAGCAAGGAGCGAGAAGAACGGGUGAAAGCGCUCGAAGGCGAGGUGAAGCGGCACGCGGAGAAAGUGAAGGGGUUGGAACGGGAUUUGAAAGCGAAAGGGACCCUGGUGCAGGAGUUGACGGCGAAGUUGAAUAAGCGGAAGGCGGACGCGAAGGAACAGUCCGGGAAAUUGGCCAAGGUUAUGGCGGCGAACGAGGAGCUACGGGGGGCGUUGGGGACGGUGAGGAAGAGGGCGGAGAAUGCGACGCAGCGGGUGCAGGAGGUCGAGGAGCAGGUGAAGUCGGAGAGGAGGCGCAGACGGAAAGCUGAGAAGGAGGUCAAGGGGGUGGAGGAGGAUGCUCAUGGUGGACAGGGACAUGGGCAUGGGCAUGGACAUGGAGGAGGGAAGGUGUAUGGGGUGCAGAGGAGCAAGACGUCGGUGAUCUCUCGCAUGUUUCGGGGCGUUUGA